AGCCUACAGGAGGAUGAAGAUGAUGAAGAACUCAACACAGGUUUCAGAUUUCAUUCUUGCUGCCUACUUUGACGCUGGAGUUUUUAAAUACUUAUUUUUCAUGAUUGUUCUCUGUGCUUAUGUUUUUAUUGUCGGUGCCAAUGGGUUUCUCAUUGUGGUCAUUUGUAAAACCAGAAGCCUCCAUGAGCCCAUGUACCUGUUCCUGGUCAGCCUGUUUGUAAAUGAACUGUUUGGAAGUUCAUGGUUGUUUCCAUUCCUGAUGGUUCAGAUCCUCUCUGACGUUCACACCAUUUCUGCUUCACUCUGUUUCUUACAGGUUUUCUCUUUAUACACUUAUGGAAACGCUGAACUCAUUAACUUGACCGUCAUGUCCUAUGACAGAUAUCUUGCUAUCUGUUAUCCUUUGCAAUAUAACACACGUAUGACAUUCAAUAAGGUUGCUUUUCUGAUUGCUGUGACGUGGAUACUUCCUGUUUUCGUCAUUGGUCUCACAAUAUCACUGACUGCCUCUUUAACGCUGUGUGGGAACAUCAUUAAUAAAGUGUACUGUAACAACUACUCCAUCAUACAGCUGGCCUGUUGUGACACCACAGUCAAUAAUAUGUUUGAAAUCACUGCUGCUUCCGUGGCGGUGUUUGUGUCGGGUUCUGUCAUCCUCUACACCUACAUGAGGAUCCUUCGAGUGUGUUUUUCUGGUUGUAAACAGAGCAGGAAGAAAGCAUUCAGCACCUGUAUACCUCACCUGGCUUCUCUGCUCAACUUCUCAAUGGGAGGCAGCUUUGAAUGCAUAUCGAGCAGAUUUGAUGUGAGCAAUGUGCCAAACUUUCUGCAAAUAAUUUUAUCUGUACAUUUUCUAAUAGUGCAGCCGUUCAUUAACCCUGUAAUGUACGGACUAAACGUGUCCAAAAUACGCAUCAGUUGUAAACAUCACAUUGUGUUGUGUAAGCGCUGAUUAUUGUGUUAUUAAA